AUGGCCAUCUUCUGGCGAGGUGAUUGCAUCAUGCAGGGUGGUUUGUUCACGGGCAAGCGACCAGUGCAACGCGCCUUUUGUGAGGAGGUCAUCUCCAUGGGCAAGGGCCGCUACUUGGCGCAGCUAAAUAACUACCCGGUAAAGGAAGAAUUCUUGGACUACUUGCCCACCAAGACGCAGGGCUUGUUGCUGACGCCGCUGCGGCCAGCACGGAAUGCGCCACCAGUCGGUCUCAUGCUACUGGGACUCGACGCAAUGCGUGGCUUCGGCAAGGUGGACCAGGCCUGGGCAACGGCCGUGGGGGAGAAGUUGGCGGUGAGCCUCAACGUGUGA